AUGGCUAACGAAAAAAUGUCAACAUCAGAAAGCAAAGAUAAAAAAGGAGAGAAUACAAGCUAAUAGCAAAAGAGUGCAGUAUUGCCUUAAGAAAUCAAUAAAAAUUUGCUACUUAUGAAUUAUGUAUACGAUAACUCCUUAGAAUAAAUUCGCAAAAUGGAUUUAAAACAAAUGAAUUUAAAUUAUUUAGAAGAAUUUAAGCACAUUCCUUUGGACAAUCGCAUUUCUCCGCUUAUUUUAGCUUGCUAUCUUGGACGUUGCGAAAUUGUCAAGACUUUGUGUAUUAAUACAUCAAUAAAUAUAGAUUUAUGUAGCGAUGAUAUAGGUUUUACAGCUCUGAGCGCUGCAUGUAUGAGUGGCUUUUAUGAAAUAGCAGAGUUUUUAAUUAAAAGAGGAGCUAAUGUUAAUAAAAAAAAUAGCCUUGGAUAAACACCUUUUUAUCACUGCUUUGCUCGUUUAGAAGAAGAAAGCAACUACUUUGAAAACAAAAGACUGUGUCUAAAAUUGGCAGACCUAUUACUUGACAAUGGUGCUAAUAUUGAUGAAGUUAUUAAUGAGAAGAAAGGUUAUACAAUGUUAAUGGUAUUCUGCUCAGUGAAAGUAAAAUUAAAUCCAAGAGAGAUGGAGGUAAAUAAGUCGUGCAUAAAAUAUUUAAUAGAAAAUGGAGCUAAUUAAGCUAAACUAAGUAAAAAGGGAAAAUCUAUUUUUUAGUUACUUGAAAAACAUCAAAAUUAAGAAUAAAUCAUUUCUUUGAUGAAAAAUUCAACAGUAAAAAGACUGAAGAGUGAGUCUGAUUUAGAUAAACAGUAAAUUUCUACUGAUACUACUUCCAAAGAAGGUACAAAGAAAUCAUAUGCUAAAGUGAAAAUUGAAGAAGAAGCUUGUAAAAUGGAAGGAAUAACAAGAGAAUCCUCAACUUGUUGUAGCAUUUUUUCAUUUUUUUGA